AUGGAUUCUAACGACUACGACCUUGCAACUCCCAUCACAUCCACAACAGGGCUUCGUCAAGGUCUAGCUUCCUACGGAGACCCUCAUUUCUCCCUGUUUCUCCGAAAAGUGUUUAUCAAGGCACUGGGAUAUUCAGAAGAUGCCCUUUCUCGCCCAAUUGUAGGAAUUAUCAACACAUUCUCGGGUUUCAAUCCUUGUCAUGCCAAUGUACCCCAGCUUAUCGAAGCUGCCAAGCGUGGUGUGCAGCUCAAUGGUGGACUAGCCAUUGAGUUUCCUACCAUCAGUGUUGCCGAGUCCUUCUCGUCUCCUACCAGCAUGUUCCUACGGAAUCUCAUGAGCAUGGACACCGAGGAGAUGAUACGCGCCCAACCAUUAGAUGCAUGUAUCAUGAUUGGAGGUUGCGACAAGACAGCUCCAGCGCAAUUGAUGGGCGGCAUUUCCGCCAACAAGCCAAUCCUCCCGUUGAUCACCGGUCCCAUGCUACCAGGUAGUCACCGUGGUCAGCGUUUGGGAGCCUGCACAGACUGCCGUAAUAACUGGGCGGCUUUCCGCGCCGGUGAAAUCGAUGUCGAAGAAAUCUCAGCAAUCAAUGAGGAGCUUGCGCCGACGAUUGGAACAUGCGGUGUGAUGGGGACUGCGAGUACAAUGGCCUGUGUCACUGCCGCCCUCGGAAUGAUGCCACUUCGAGGCGCUUCGGCACCUGCGGUCUCCUCGGCGAGACUGCGUAUUGCUGAGGAGACUGGCGCCAAUGCAGUGACAUUGGCAAAAUCCCAGAGAAAGCCACAGGAGAUCUUGACCAAAGAAUCUUUCUGGAAUGCCAUCACGGUCCUGCAGGCCAUUGGAGGCUCAACCAAUGCUGUCGUUCAUUUACUGGCCAUUGCCAACAGACAUCCAGACCUACAGGGUGUCAUCACUCUGGACACCUUUGAGGAGAUUGGCCGCAAGACACCCCUUCUCAUUGACCUCAAGCCGAGUGGUAAUAACUAUAUGGAUGACUUUCAUAAUGCUGGCGGUAUGAUGGCAUUGUUGCAAGUAUUGCGGCCACUGCUCCAUUUGUCUGCCGUCACGAUCACUGGACAAAGCUUGGGGGAAGUUCUUGAUGCAGGUCAAAGCAAGACGCUCUCGUUUUCGCAGAAUAUUAUUCGACCCUUAUCAGAUCCCCUAUUCCCGGCAUCUUCUUUAGCAGUCUUGCGUGGCAACCUUGCACCAGAUGGAGCAGUCCUCAAAGCCUCAGCAUCCAAGUAUAAACAUCUCCUCGCUCACAGUGGGCCAGCCGUGGUGUUUGAGAAUUCAGCCGACCUAGCUCGGCGGAUCGAUGAUCCAGACCUUCAGGUUACAAAAGACAGCGUGUUGAUCUUGAAAAAUAUUGGACCGGUCGGCAACCCGGGCAUGCCCGAAGCGGGCAUGAUACCUAUCCCCAAGAAGCUAGGGGAAGCCGGCAUCAAAGACAUGCUACGUCUUUCGGAUGGAAGAAUGUCAGGAACCGCGGGAGGAACCAUCAUUCUUCACAUUUCGCCUGAAGCUGCGCUGCCCGAGUCGCCUUUCGGGGUAGUGGAGACGGGUGACCUAGUCGUUUGCGAUAUCGAGUCCCGCAAACUUCAUCUGGAAGUCUCCGAUGAAGUCUUACAGUCUCGAAUCGGGAAACGCAAACAACUUCUGGCGGGUGAGGUGCAGAUCAGAAAGCAGCGGCGAGGAUACCGGGGGCUAUAUGAACGGUCGGUAAAUCAAGCUCAGGAGGGUGCGGACUUUGAUUUCUUGACAGCUGGAGGUGCUACAGUGUGA